CAACGAAAAAUGGUCAAGAACUGAAGAAGUCUUCAACUUACUUGAGUUGCACUACAGUCCACAACCCCCAGCUCGCUGCUGCCAGUGCAGGUCUUUUCGCCGUGAGUUUGCCAAUCUUCGUCUCCCCGGUCCCCGACCACUCCGCCUUUAGAGUAUUGACCACUUACACCAGUCCACGUCUGCAGUGGAUGCGGAUCCCCCGCGGAGGAGGAUUGCAGGGAGCACGUCCUGACACCAGUAUUCGACUUUUCUUUUAUUGCUAUCAGUUCACAGCAACAACCGUACUCCGUAGACAACUUUUCUUCUCCGUUGCCUUCACUUGAUGUACAGUAUUUUAUAACUAGACUUCAUUUUCUACAUCAUGGAGAUGCUCGGUUCAGCACCUGGAGGUAUACCUGGUCUACCUGGCUCUGGAGCCCAGGCAAUGUUAGGUGUUGGAUCAAUGCCCGAGUCAGACUCGAUUAAAUUGUUCGUUGGCCAAAUUCCAAGGACAAUGGAAGAGAAAGAUUUACGGGAAGUUUUCGAACCGUACGGUGUAAUAUGCGAUCUGAAAGUCCUGAAGGAUCAGUUCACUGGUUUCCACAAAGGAUGCUGCUUUGUGACGUAUCAGACAAGAGCUCAAGCCGACCGUUGUAUGAUUGAACUACAUGAUAAGAGAACCCUGCAUGGAAUGAAUCGUGCACUUCAAGUCAAGCCAGCAGAUGAAGGCAAGCCUGAGAACCGAAAACUCUUUAUUGGCAUGCUUUCAAAGUCGGUUGAUGAGAAUCAACUGAGAUCAAUGCUGGCUCCCUAUGGCACCGUGGAGGAGUGCAAUAUUCUCAAGGAUGAGCAUGGUGUGAGCAGAUCAUGUGGCUUUGCUCUGCUCUCAUCCAAGCAGCAAUGUCUAAAUGCAAUCCGGUCUUUGCAUAACUCCAACACCAUGCCGGGUGCAAAGUCACCACUACAAGUCAAGUUUGCUGACUCGGAGAAGGAUCGCCAAGCACGCAAAAUCCAGAAGGCAGGUGGCAACAUGUUUCCUGGAAUGAUGCCCUAUGUAGGCGGUGCUGGUGGUGGUGCCGUGGGACAGAGCACUUCAGCUGCUGCUGCUGCAGCUGCCACUAACCCACUAGCUAUCUACCAACAAAUUGCUGCCCUUCAGUCACUAUUGACUGGUUCAUCUGCCACUGGUGCUGGCAAUGGCGCCAAUGGGCCUGCUGCAGCGGCUGCAGCUGCUACUUCAGCUUCUGACCCAACUGGACUCACGAACAUCGCUCUCUAUCAACAACUCAUGGGUGGCGGUGUACCCCUAGCCCAGAACAUGGCCCAGCCUGGUCAUCAGUAUCCACAGCAAAGAGAAGGGCCUGAUGGAGCCAACCUCUUCAUCUACCACAUCCCUGCUGAGUUUAGAGAUGCCGACUUAGUGCAGAUGUUUGCUCCCUUCGGGUCCAUUUUGAGUGCGCGUGUUUUCAUCGACAAAGCUACCAAUCAGAGCAAGUGUUUUGGUUUUGUAAGUUACGACAACGCCACAUCAGCUGCAACUGCAAUUCAGUCUAUGAAUGGCUUCCAAAUUGGAACCAAGCGCCUCAAGGUGUCACUGAAGCGUGGCAAGGACGCCAGCAGACCGUACUAAUUACGAAAUGUAGUACUCAGUUCUACACCAAUCAGAGCGGCUAGAUGAAAGGCAGCUGUCGCUGUGUGUGUGUGUGUGUUUGUGCCCCCUAUAUAUCACUUAUCAUGAAACCUGGAUGUUGUGACGUUAGUCGUGGAGUUGUGCUCGUUCCAGUGUCUUGUGUUGUUGGUCCUUGUUGGCGCGUGCGUGGUGUGUUGGUGCUGGUGCUCUCUUGUUUCAAUGUUUGCUUGUAUGUGUGCAUGUGUUGUGUUGCUCCACUGGUAGGUAGUACUGGUGGUGCUGGUUGGUGGCUGUGCGUGUGUUGUUCCACUGGAAGGUGGUGCUGGCUAGUGCUGGUUAGUGACUGCAGUCGCAUUGCUCUCUUGUGUUGUAGUUGUGCUUAUACAGGACGUGUUUCUGGCUGUCUCGUCUGUUUCCGUUUCAGUGGUUCUUAUUUUAUGUGUUUCUUCCUCGUGCAGUGAAGUCUAAAGCUUAUUUUUAUAGCCAUUUUGCCCUCUGUUUUUUGUGUUAAAAUCAGCGACGCAUAUCUCGCUCUCCCAGUCGCUCAAUAUCUGAGUACCUGCUAAUGUUGAGAGUAACUUUUCUCCCUUUCUAUUUGUUUCUGCACCUCGUUAAUAUCCGUGCUAUUAAUUACGCUUCAGUUAAAUUGAUUAUGUGCAGCAGAUGAUUGUGUCUUGUUUCUGAUAUUGUCUCUCCUUUCAUUCUCUCGCUUUCUUCUUUGCUUUUUGUUGUUGUGGCAACUGAAAGCAGGUGUUAUGAAUUUGUGUUGGAAAUCCAGAAAUUCAA